UCUCGAGCAGUUCUGGCCGCGCCUUCCAUCUUCCCUGGCCAUUCGUCAGGCGGGAGCCGGACGGAGUGGACCGCUGCGGGAGCUGUGUAAAGGCAGAGGUGCUAGUAGUGACUCUACCGCAAAGACACAAACAUGUUUAACUUAAGGACUUGUGCUGCUAAACUAAGGCCCCUGACGGCCUCUCAGACUGUUCGAUCACUCACACACAAAGGGCCCGCGGCCCCCAGGACGUUUCAGCCAGUCAGGUGCCUUAGUACACCUGUGGCCGCGGAGCCCUUUCUUAGCGGGACUAGUUCAAACUAUGUGGAGGAAAUGUACUACGCUUGGCUGGAAAACCCAAAGAGCGUUCACAAGUCAUGGGACAUCUUCUUCCGGAACGCCAACGCCGGGGCAGCCCCUGGAACCGCUUACCAGAGCCCCCCACCUCUGGGCAGCAACCUCUCGGCUUUCGCACAGGCACAGUCACUCGUCCAAGCACAGCCCAACAUCGAUAAACUCGUAGAGGAUCAUCUCGCUGUGCAGUCUCUCGUCCGUGCUUACCAGAUCCGUGGGCACCACGUAGCUCAGCUGGACCCACUUGGCAUUCUGGAUGCAGAUCUGGACUCCUGUGUCCCAGCUGACAUUGUCACGUCCUCAGACAAACUCGGGUUUUAUGGACUUGAAGAAUCUGAUCUGGACAAAGUCUUCCACCUGCCAACCACCACAUAUAUUGGAGGAAAUGAGACCGCUCUGCCUCUUCGAGAGAUCAUCAAGAGGCUGGAGUCUGCCUACUGCCAGAACAUCGGUGUUGAAUUUAUGUUUAUUAAUGACCUGGAACAGUGUCAGUGGAUUAGGGAGAAAUUUGAAACCCCAGGUAUCAUGCAGUUCAACAGCGAGGAGAAGCGGACCCUGUUGGCCAGGCUUGUCAGGUCUACAAGGUUUGAAGAGUUCCUCCAUCGCAAGUGGUCUUCAGAGAAGCGUUUUGGAUUGGAAGGCUGUGAGGUGUUGAUCCCCGCUUUGAAGACCAUCAUUGACAAAUCUAGCGAGAAUGGGGUGGAUUAUGUUAUUAUGGGGAUGCCCCACAGAGGCCGUCUGAAUGUGUUGGCUAAUGUCAUUCGAAAGGAGCUCGAACAGAUCUUCUGUCAAUUUGACUCCAAGCUGGAAGCUGCUGAUGAGGGCUCCGGAGAUGUAAAGUACCAUCUAGGAAUGUACCACAGAAGGAUAAACAGAGUAACGGACCGGAACAUCACCCUGUCUUUGGUGGCCAACCCAUCCCAUCUGGAGGCCGCUGAUCCGGUGGUUCAGGGCAAGACGAAGGCUGAGCAGUUCUACUGCGGAGACACAGAGGGCAAGAAGGUUAUGUCCAUCCUUAUACAUGGAGAUGCGGCGUUUGCAGGGCAAGGCAUUGUCUACGAAACCUUUCACUUGAGUGACCUGCCGUCGUACACUACGCACGGCACCGUGCAUGUGGUGGUCAAUAACCAGAUUGGAUUCACCACUGACCCUCGAAUGGCCCGCUCUUCCCCUUACCCCACGGAUGUGGCGAGAGUCGUGAACGCUCCAAUCUUCCAUGUAAAUGCAGAUGACCCCGAAGCCGUGGUGUACGUGUGCAAUGUGGCAGCUGAAUGGAGGAGUACGUUUCACAAGGACGUAGUGGUGGAUUUGGUCUGUUACCGCAGGAACGGUCACAAUGAGAUGGACGAGCCCAUGUUCACGCAGCCGCUGAUGUACAAACAAAUCCGCAAACAGAAGCCAGUGCUGCAGAAGUACGCAGAGACUCUCGUGUCCCAAGGAGUGGUCAACCAGCUGGAGUAUGAGGAGGAGAUUGCUAAAUAUGACAAGAUUUGUGAGGAAGCACUGGCCCGCUCCAAGGAUGAGAAAAUCCUCCACAUCAAGCACUGGCUGGACUCCCCCUGGCCCGGUUUUUUCACUCUGGACGGACAGCCUCGCAGCAUGUCCUGCCCGUCCACCGGACUUACCGAGGAGGACCUUACUCACAUCGGAAGUGUGGCCAGCUCCGUGCCCGUGGAAGACUUUACGAUUCAUGGAGGUCUUAGCCGUGUCCUUAAAGCCCGUGCGGAGAUGGUGAAAAACAGAACCGUUGACUGGGCCCUGGCUGAAUACAUGGCAUUUGGGUCUCUGCUUAAAGAGGGCAUCCACAUACGUCUCAGCGGGCAGGAUGUGGAGAGAGGCACUUUCAGCCAUCGUCACCACGUGUUGCAUGACCAGAACGUGGAUAAGAGGACUUGUAUCCCUAUGAACCACCUGUGGCCAAACCAGGCUCCUUACACCGUUUGCAACAGUUCUCUGUCUGAAUACGGGGUCCUGGGUUUUGAGUUGGGCUUUGCCAUGGCCAGCCCAAAUGCCUUGGUUCUGUGGGAAGCCCAGUUUGGAGAUUUCCAUAACACGGCUCAGUGCAUCAUCGAUCAGUUCAUCUGCCCGGGACAAGCCAAGUGGGUGCGGCAGAACGGGAUCGUAUUGCUCCUGCCCCACGGCAUGGAGGGCAUGGGUCCUGAACAUUCCUCUGCCAGACCUGAACGCUUCCUGCAGAUGUGCAACGAUGACCCCGAUGAGUGGCCUAAAAACUCCGAGGAUUUUGCUGUCCGUCAGCUUUAUGACUGCAACUGGAUUGUUGUGAACUGCUCCACUCCAGCCAACUUCUUCCAUGUCCUCCGCAGACAGAUCCUGCUGCCUUUCCGUAAACCGUUGAUUGUAUUCACUCCAAAGUCCCUUCUGCGUCACCCUGAAGCCAGGUCGAGUUUUGAUGACAUGAUAGCAGGAACCCACUUUAAAAGAGUGAUUCCUGAUGAUGGGCCAGCUUCCCAAAAUCCUGAAGGGGUGAAGCGCAUCGUGUUUUGCACAGGGAAGAUUUACUACGACCUCACGAAGGAGCGCAGCACCCGAGGAAUGGACGCCGACGUGGCCAUCACAAGGGUAGAGCAGCUGUCCCCCUUCCCAUUUGACCUCCUGGAACAGGAGGUGCAGAAGUAUCCAAAUGCCGAGCUGGUUUGGUGUCAGGAGGAGCACAAGAAUCAGGGUUAUUACGACUACGUGAAGCCUCGGUUACGCACCACCAUCCACCGCUCUAAACCAGUUUGGUACGCUGGCCGUGAUCCCGCUGCCGCACCAGCCACCGGCAACAAGAAAACUCACACAACCGAACUGAAACGUCUCCUGGACGCCGCGUUCAACCUGGAGGCAUACAAGGGCCUGUCCUAGACAACUCCCAUCCGCUUAUUCUUCCCCUGCUACACUCCCCACCCUCCAUCCAUACACUCUCACGGGGCUCCUCCUCGGCCUCUCCGUGUCAAUGCUUUACCUCGGCAGAGAGUUUUACUACACACUUUAUGUGAGGCAGACUUUUGUUUUUUUUUCCUUGCCGCUGUCAGACAUUUUCCCCCUUUAAAACUUUUACUGAAGAUGAGCAAAACUUUUCUACCAAAGGGGAAUCAAAGUUCCUUUUAAAAUGUUUCAUAUAUUGGGUGUUUUAAAAAAAGAAAA